CCGCGUUCGCCGUCGCCGGCACCAGUGGCAAGCGGUCGCUCCACUCGGUCGUCUCGCUCGCCUCGACCUCGACCAGGCCCAGAGCCACGACCUCCCGUUCGGUCGCUGCAGCAUGGCAGCUCACUGGCAUGCAGCGCCGCACCAUGUUCAUCCAGACCGAGACGACGCCCAACGCCGACUCGCUCAAGUUCAUCCCCGGCCAGCCCGUCUCGCCAGAGUCGACCCACGAGUUCCUCGACGCCGGCAGCUCGUCGGCCUCGCCGCUCGCCGACCGCCUCUUCCACCUCCCCGACGUCCGCUCCGUCUUCUUUGGGCCCGACUUUAUCUCGGUCAACAAGACCGAGGACGGCCAGUGGUCGGAGCUCAAGCCCGAGAUCUACUCGAUCAUCAUGGAGCACUUCACCGCCGGCCGCCCCUUGUUCGAGGAGGGCCGCGGCGGCGGCGCCGAGGACACGCGCAUCCUCGACUCGGACUCGGAGGUCGUCGCCAUGAUCAAGGAGCUCCUCGAGACGCGCGUGCGCCCGGCCAUCAUGGAGGACGGCGGUGACAUCGAGUACCGCGGCUUCAACGAGGAGUCGGGCGUCGUCCAGCUCAGCCUCAAGGGCAGCUGCAGGGGCUGCGAGAGCUCGAGCGUGACGCUCAAGAGCGGCAUCGAGCGCAUGCUCAUGCACUACAUCCCCGAGGUCAAGGAGGUCGAGCAGGUCCUCGGCGAGGCAGAGGCGGUUGCAGAGGACGAGUUUGCCAAGUUCGAGGCGAGGCUACGGUCGGGCGGCAAGACCGUGAGCGUGUAGAGCCGUGAAACGUCGCUUCUCGAGCCUCUACUUCUUCC